UUAUGAAGAGCCCGCGUCGCUCCUACGACUAAUGAGUGAUUGCGAGCCCAUCUGAGCUGAAUGUUUCUGGACCCCAACAACCAAGAGUGGUCCGCCGUUUUCUAGCUUCUCUGCCUAUCUUAUUUCGCUCUGUUUGGAGACGACACGAUCUGUGUGGAUCCGUGUGAUUGUUGUGAGUGUGUGUGCGCCCGAUUCACGAGAAUCGAGUAUAAACCACGGCGACCAGGAUUUCUGAGUUCAUGCGAUCGACAUUUCAGGCGCUACCCCAGGGUAAGAAUCUGGGAGCGGGAAUGAAAGUGUUUUCUCGCGGGUGAAGCUAGUGACCAACGAUUGCAGUUGCAAUAUUGAAUGGGUACACCGGCCAAAGCGGAAUGCUGCAGCUCUUAUGCAACGACAGUAGCUCGGAUUCAUUAACAGCAGAGCUCGCUCCCUGCUUCCUGCAGGUGGGCCUACAAGCGCCGCUACAUGUGGGAGUAUCUUUGGAAGAUACAAUAGUGCAAGGAAGUGGGCACAAGCGUCCCUUUCACGAUGCUUGUGACACUCCGACGGGCGAGGAUGGCUCAGCGGAGGACGACGAAGGAGGCGAUGAUUCUCCGACUGGAUCACACAAUGAAAAGAAGAGGAGGUUGACGUUGGACCAAGUGAGGUCGCUCGAGACGAGUUUCGAGGUUGUGAACAAGCUCGAGCCCGAGAAGAAAAUGCAGCUGGCGAAAGAGCUAGGGUUGCGGCCUCGCCAAGUUGCAGUGUGGUUCCAAAAUCGGCGGGCGAGGUGGAAGACGAAACAGCUGGAGCGAGACUACGAGACUUUGGCCGCGGAUUACAAGACGCUAAUGGCCGACUAUGAGCAUGUCGUGGAAGAGAGAAACUGUUUGAGAGCGGAGGUUGUGCGUUUAACCGGUGAGACGCCACCCUCUCCGCAAACCGAUCGCAACAAAUCCGUUAACGAUCGUGCUCCUCAAACCCCAGAAAGAGAAGUUGUUAUCUCGGGGGCUGUUGCAAGGCAGCGAACUUCCAGGAUAUCCUCAACCGUGGACAUUUCUCUGGUGUGUGCGAAGGACCAGGACUCCGAAACCAAUGGUCUCAAUGACGGGAACUCUGGCGACGUUGUGAAUGCGGAUAGUCCUCGAAUCAGCGAUUGUAGCAGUCCAACGUCUAUGCCGGAUCAAGAGCAACUGAUUCACAGCCCUGAAUUCCCACCCCCAAAGAGCUUUGGCGAUCUUGAUCAUUUGUUACACGAAUUGCAUCACGACGUACCCAUGAAGCUGGAGGACGAAAGUGGUCACUGCUUACACGACGACCAGUCUUGUAAUUAUCUUCUCUUCCACCCGGAGGAGCAAACUUGCGUGCUUCCGUGGUGGGAUUGGCCUUGAAUCGUCACCAAUUCUGUACAUAGAUUCACGUCUGGGCUGAAGAGAUUUCUCCACGAUUUUCAAAGAGGAGUCCAGCACCUCUGUAUCAUGAGUUACAUGCUGUCACCUAUUCACACAUCCCAGGAACUCGCGCCACCAACUUACAUGUUAACCGGUGUACAUUCAGAGUGGAUCUAGUGUCGCAUAAUUUUGAGUUUCGAGAGGUCAUUUGUUCAUAGUUUCUCUUUGCAACAAGUUCCCUCGACUUGUUGCUUAUGUUGGAAAAGAUGAUCGUCUAUUUCGGAGUUUAUCCACAUGUUGGGCUCGUUGGUUUGGCAUGGAAGUCUUCCAACUCAAAGAUGAAGCUGGAAAGAUGAGCCAUUGCGUGAUCACCAAUGUAGACGAAACCUAUGUCCAAAAGCCUUGAUAGGAGUGAACUUCUUCAUAGAAUGAGAGGCCACCUUGUAUCCCUUGAAGGGAUGGAUCAAUCCUUCCGAUUAUCCCCUGAGCACCGUCUCAUUCAAGUCGUGAUGCAUUCUGGUCAUCAACAACCUUAGCACUUUUAGCAUCAUCAUCAUGAACCUGAGAAAUGUAUUCACAGCUGCUACCAUACAAUAUGGUAAUCUGGUUCUUGUUCAAAAACCUAUCACUGUCCCACGCUGCAAUCUCUGCAGCGACAACUUUGUUCACCAGAAUAAAACUCAUUGAAUCCCAA